AUGGAGAUUCCGACUUCAAAUGCACGAAAAAGAAGCUCUAUGGAGAGUCAGAUACCUCCUCCCUGGUUGAAAAGGUUAUCAUCGGUAGGAGAAGCUGGAGGGAAAGACGACCAAGUAAUGAUAACAGUCCGAAAAGAUGGAAAACGGGAGAUUUUAGUUCAUUAUGACCAGGAUGCAGCGCUUUUGGACGAGAUUUUCAGACGGAAGCGGGGUGGAACUGAUUAUUUAGGUGCUUUGGACUUGUUUUGUCCGAUGGGUGGAGACGCACUAGUAAAAGUCGCAUACGCCGAUCCAGAAACACAUUGGGAUACAAUCUUGCUUUUCAAGACCGGAAAUGCCCGGCACGCAAAGCUUCGGACGGCAUUUGAACAUGCCCUUCUUUUGGAUGGUCUUAUUCUCGAGCGGGAAGAGGAUGCGCAUGAGCCUAGUAGGGCGUAUCUGAAAGUCAUGGUGCCUUUUGAACGUCUUUGCUGUGAAGCGGAGCGUAUGAAGUUAAAAACCCCAAUUCAGUCAAGUCAAACAAGUGCAAAGUUUGCUAUCCGUCAAGGCAGUAUACGUUCAAAUAAAUUGAAUGCGGACGAAGUUUGGUCGGGUAUGAUUAAUUUCAUGCGUACGGCUUCUACGAAACGCCAGUCGAUUACAUUCAAGAAAACGAAAUUGGCGGCUUUUAUGGGAGGGAAUGCUGAUGUGUUUGCACCUCAAGAUAUUCAGUUGGGCUUUUUUAGCAAUGCCCAGCGCAACUUAUUGGCCUAUAACAUUAUCGUUCGCGCCAGAUUGAAAUCUCUCGGCAAACAGUAUUCACGGAAAGACUUUCACAAGCUUCUAAACGACGGUGUCUUUACGGAUAUAUUUCCACUGCACGACGGACCAGCGCGGAUGGUGCACCCAACAGCGAAACCAAACCGACGUUCAGAAAUGUUUAAAUUGUGGAAAAUAUCGGUAUACAAGAUUCCUCUAGACGAUUUUAGAGAUUAUUUUGGGGAGCGUAUUGCUUUUUAUUUUGCAUUUUUAGGUCAUUUUGGUCGCUGGUUGAGUAUUGCGGCCAUAGUUGGCUUGGUGACAUUUCUCUAUGGAUUAUCGAUGGCGAUAAAUGCGGGUGCGCUCGAGUAA